GUGACACCGUCGAUUCUCCUCUAUGCAUGACCUGAUGUUUAGAAAAUUAAUGCAUUCGAAAUUAUCUCUGUAUGAAUGUGGGAUAUUUGUUAAGUGUGAAAUUAGUGGGUCCAAUUUUGCGAAGAGUUUUUAAUAUAUAGUGACAAGAUAACGAAACAGAAAAGUAGGAUAUAUGUUCGGAUGUACCGUGAAAAUAUUAUUGCGUGGAGUUGUAGAGCAUGGCAGCUGAUUCUGGAGGUAUUAACGAACCUUUACAAUUGGAACCUUUUAUUCAUCAAGUUGGUGGUCAUUCUUCUAUGCUUCAGUUGGAUGAGGAUACCAUUUGCAAACCUUUGAUUCCACAAGAACUAAAUUUUUAUAAAACUGCACCUGAUAAAUUAAAAGAAUUCUUAGCUGAAUACAGAGGUGUGAUAGAGGUUACAUUUUCAGAAGCUGUGGAUGGUUAUUUAGAUUUAGUGGCUUAUAUGCCAUCUACAUACAAAACUUCACCCAAAAGACAAGGCUCUCGUCACAAUUCACUUGCAGAAAAUGAGCAUAAAACUAAACAUAGAAUCCGUUUAUGCCAGUCUGGGAAUAUUCAAAUUGAGAGUGUUGAAGCAAAAAAAGCUAAAGAAGAAAGCAAUAUUGAACAGGGUCAAAAUGGAAAAUUGUUUAAUCCUUGGGUAAUCCACUGCCAUCAAGAGCAAAUGAAAAAAUUGUGGAAAUCAUCAUCUACUAUAAGUCAAAAAUAUAUAUUACUUGAAAACCGAGUUUCAAAAUUUGAAUUUCCCUGCAUUUUGGAUAUAAAGAUGGGAACAAGACAAUAUGGAGACACUGCUUCACUUGCUAAAAGAACCUCACACACGGCAAAGGCAGCUGCUUCAACAUCAGCUAUUCUUGGAAUAAGAAUAUCUGGAAUGCAGGUAUAUCAUCAAGAAUCUGGUCGUUAUACAUGCCAUAACAAGUAUUAUGGGCGCAGUUUAACUGUAGAUGGAUUUCACCAAGCUCUCUACAACUUUUUAUAUGACGGCACAAAGGUACGUCAGUGUGUUAUAUCUGCACUUCUUGAAAAGUUACACAAAUUAUAUUCUGUGGUCCAAAGCUUGAAUACAUUCCGUUUUUUCACUAGCUCCCUACUGAUAAUAUAUGAUGGCAAUUCAGAGCAUUAUAUAAGAAAUAAUAAAAAUGCUUGCGGGGAGCAAAGUAUAACUUUACAACUAUCUGAUAAUGGUAAUAUUGCAGAUAAACAAAAAGAAACUAAAGAAUCUCAAUCUAAAUGUUGUGAUAAAGGUUCAGCUUCUAGUGAUACAACUUUGUGUAUAAAUCAUAAAAUUGGCAAAUCUAUAGAGAAGGCAGAAUGUGAAGAAUCUCUUCCUGUUGUAGAUCUGUGUAUGAUUGAUUUUGCACAUUCAACUCAUAGUAAGAUGCCUAAUCCUCCAGUGACUCAUGAAGGCCCAGAUGAAGGUUACUUAUUUGGUUUAGAAAAUCUUAUAGCUCAUUUAAAAGAGAUUCAGCGAACAGAGAAAUAAAUUUCUAUUUAUAUACAAUUUUUUUUUAUUUCUGUUAUAGCGAAAAACCAGAAGUUGUUUUCUAGACAUGUUACUCGGCAUUUAUAUAUCUUAAUGAUUUAAGGAUGUACUGUAAUUCUCUCAUUAUUCUUCCAAGGGCUCAAGAACUGAACAAAUUUGUAUGUGUCCUCGAUUCUUAAGCCUUUAUUGAACUUUAUUGAAAUAAACAUCCUUACCUAAUUAUUCUAAUAGAAAUUUUGAAAAUUACAUUGUUAAUCAUGUGUGCAAUUUUGAAUUUAUAUGGUCACAAGUCACAAUACAUCUUGAAAAAUUUGAGUACAAAAGAAGAAAAUUAUGUAUUACAGUUAAAUAUAUUUUUCAAGUUGAUCAGUAUGCUCUAAGUAAAAUGUUUAAAAGUAUGAGCUUUUCUGUUAAUGGUGCACCAUUUUAGCUGCAGACAUAAACAUUGGUGCAAAAUUUAACUAUAGCAUCCUUAUUAAUACAUAAAGCUUCAUGGCAAAAAGAAACUAGAAAAUGUGCUGCUUAUAUAUUAUUUCACAUUUUAUGAAAUUGUUGGCAACCAACACAAUUUAGUUCCAGUUAUAGAUAAGCAUGA